AUGGGCUUCAUGGGCCAGUAUCCUGAAAUCCAUGGGGCAUUAAAAUUGCUUUUGCAGGCAUGUCAAUCGACAUUGGAAGAGCUAACCCUUGGAGCUUGGUCCCUUGAACUCGAAGACACGGGUAUUGUUGAUUUGGCUCCGUAUCUCUCUAAUCUGACUUCUAUACAUCUUCAUGAACAUUUUCAUUUGACCUGUGUCACCUUUUGCACCCUCACAAAAUACUGUCCUUCACUUCAAAAACUUAAGAUGGGCCUGAUGGGAAAAUAUUCGAGAGGACAAGAGAUCGACUCUCUUUCUCAGGAUUACACACAUAAAAACUACCGAAUGCAGCACCUUGAUAUCUGCGAGACUAUGUGGUUGAAUGAUUCAACGCUCAUAAACUUUGGGCAUGUUUGUCCAAAUCUGCAAUUUCUGUGUGUACUUGAAUGUCCGCGCCUCACCAAUGUAGGCAUUGUGGAAGUUUUGAGGAAAUGCCCCGAAAUAACGCAACUGAAUAUCAAUGGUCUUCAGGUUUCAGAUGUUUUCGGGAGGUAUUCCGAUGAUCACUCUGUACUAUUGAAUUUGAGGACUUUGAAAGCUCGCGGGACAGAAAUUGCUGACAACGGAAUGGCAAUGAUAGGAACUAGGUGUCGAAAUCUCCGAUAUUUGGACAUUGGAAACUGCGAAAAAGUGACGGAUAAAGGGGUGAUGGAGGUGGUGAGGAACUGCCAAAGACUGAGGGAUAUAAUUCUAGAUGAUUGUGAGAAAGUGAGCUCCCGUACUUUACCUCUAAUGUUGUUGUCAAGGCCCUCCCUCAGGAAUAUUGAUCCACCAUGUAUCGAUGAUCUCAGCAAACAGCUGAUAAACUUAUUCUUGUCCUUCAACUGCCGGGUUGGCGAUUCGUUGAAGAGUGGUGAUUUUAGUUGUUUGCUUCAUUAA